AGCCUUGGCUAUAGUAGGAUAUAUAAACUCACCGGUGGGAUUCACACGCCUCCCAUCUCCCGUGUUUACGUCAAAUCCUUCCCAGCGGCGGAUGUUAUUGGAAAAGUGGGGCUACAAACGCGAACAUAUGAGCUAGAAAGCGGUGAAAAGUUGUCGGGCCCGAUAUUUUCAUUAACGCGGAGGAUACAGAAGAAACUCGGCUUGAACGUCAGCGCAGUGUGAGGAGAGCUCCCCUCUCUGGCCUUCUUCCAGGGAACCAACAUGUCCAGUGACCCCCCUCCUCCUUACCCAGGGGGCCCCAGUGCCCCGCUUCUCGUGGAGAAAAACGGGCAACCUCCAGUUCCUGCCAGUGCUCCAGUAACGACAGGACCCCCACAAGGGCAGCCACUGCCUCCAGAAUAUGGACCUCCACCGUAUGAAGCUACACUACAACCUGGCUUUGUUCCUCCACACGUCCCAGGAGAAGGUCCCAUGCCUAAGCCUGUGCACAUGCCAAUGCCCAUGCAUCAUCCUCACGGUGGUUACUAUGCUCCACCCGGACACUUUCCUCAUCCGGUAGGCGAGCACUACGGUCCGGGGCCCAGUCACUUUGGUUCGGGACACACAGCCACGGUCCUCGCUCCUCCUGGUGCCGCCACCACCGUCACUAUUCUGCAGGGGGAGAUGUUUCAGGCGGCUCCAGUGCAGACGGUCUGUCCACACUGUCAACAGCCCAUCAUCACCCGCAUCAGCCACGACAUCGGCCUCAUGAAUACUCUCAUCUGUAUGUUCUGCUUCUUUGUCGGUUGUGAUCUAGGUUGCUGCUUGAUUCCCUGUUUGAUCGACGACCUCAAGGAUGUGACGCACACUUGCCCGAACUGCAAGGGCUAUAUUUACACAUACAAGCGCAUAUGCUAACAGUUUAUCCCAUCAACGAUCUUGCUGUGACCUCAUUCUAGUGGGUGUUGAUGACUCGCUUUUUUCGCGUUCAUUUUGCCUCAACUGACAGUUCAUUUUUCCAGCCACUUCUCACUUCACGUAACUAUUGAUUCUCACACUUUUUUUUUUUGACAGGCGCUUGACAUAGUUACUAGUGCCUGUAAAAUGAAGCAGAGGUGAUUAGCAUUCAUCGAAGGAUCAAUACAUUUUAUAUGCGCAGCGGUCAGGGUUACAUUUUGUCAUCCAAGUACUGUUUUAUUUUCAUUUUAGCAUUAGAGCAAAGUGUAUACAUUUUAGAGAAUAUGUGAAUCCAUUAACCUUGAGAAGCUCAUUUGUGAAUAUUACUGAGUAACGAAACUAAAUGAAGUUCAGGGUCAGUGUUGUAGGAUUAUCGUCUAAUGCAUUGUUGUUUUAUCUUUGAUGGCUGUGACUGGGACUUUUCAAGUCCUGGAAUGACAUUGUUGCUUUUACGUGUGAAAAUGUCACCCUGUUUGGCAUUUUAUGCAAAUGUCCUGGGAAUUAUUUUUUUUUUUUCGCUUUUGUUUUCAAUUUCUUCUACUUGUCGAUAAGGCUCAUUUCAAGACGAUUUGAGAUGUGUGUAUCAAUGUGACAGACAUGGUGUCAUUUUUUGAUGAAGGAUUUUUAUUGAUAAAGGGAUCUGUAUGUCCGUAUAAAUUUCCUUGUAGUACUUUAGAAAUGCCAUGCUAGGGAUGCAUUCGUGGAAUUCAACCAAUACACACUUAAUUUUUUUGAACUGUGAAUCAAAAUGAUAGCCACGGUGCUUUUCGAACCACUUUACUAGCUGUUCUGUGUUGUCAGUAGGCUGUUUGAGACUUCUGUGAACUAUCAUCUACUAUUCAGGUCAGUUUAUUAUCAUUAAUGAGGUAGAACUGUGUUUGCUGAUACUGAGAUCUGGGUAGAAACAUCUUAAUGACAGAUAAGCAUCCUUUAACAGUUAUUCUGCUGAAGAACAUGUUUAGAAGUGGUUGUUGCAUGAUGUUCAUUUUUUUUUUUUUUCAUUUCUACUUGACGUUGUAAAGUCGUCGUCUUCAAAGAGAAAAGACGUUUUCGGGGUCAAGGCUGUUCAAAGCUGCUUUGCUGUUGGAGUUCACCAGCAUGAUGAAGGACGCUGCAUGACAUCUCUGUAAUCUUGCAUAGCGUUCUAUUGGGCCAUAUGUGCCCUCAGUGUGUCACACUGUGCUGGUUGCUGCACUGGCCUUCAGGACUCAAAGCAGAUUAACCCUUCGCUUAUUAAUACUGUGUGCAACAGGCCACAAGGAUUUAAAGGAUUUUUUUUUUUUUUUUUUUUUAUUCUGUCGGAUUAUGAUUUAUAUGGAAUCAUCCAAAGAGAUUGUUUCCUUUUGUUUGUUUAGGGUUAUUAGCUGUCUGUCCUGGCUGCGAAAAUAUAAUUUUUCUGUUUUGUUCUGUCCAUAAAUGUGAUUUACUGCUGAAAUGGUAUGAAAUUCAAGAGCUAGAAGAUCGGCACUAUGUAUUUCUAUUUACUUACGUUUUACUUAUAAUAAUAUUAUUAUUAUUAUUAUUAUUAUUAUUAUUAUUAUUAUUAUUAUUAUUGUUGUUGUUUCAAAGCUAAAAACUACACUAACAGUUGGGUCUUUAGUUGAUAGGGAAAAAAAAUAAACCUGCACGCGCUUCGCGGAGGAAUAUUGUUUCGGUUGUGCUUCGGCUCCUCUCAGUUUCGAUCGCGAUUUCCCGCGUUGAAUGAUCCACGGUCAUUUUUGUCUUUCGUUGUGGAAACAAACUUUAAGCUUCACGCUUCUCCCACAACAUAAACGCUAAGAUAUUUCUCUGUGUACGGAUAUAAGCUGAUGAAUAAUGCAACGCACGGAAGAAUGUCGUAGCCUAUGCAAUUUCCCACAAAAUCCGUCCAGACUGCUCUAAUAUAUAAUUAUUAUAGGGUAAUCUUUUUUUUUUUUUUUUUGGGUGAAUUAACGUUUUUACUAUAGCUCUUUAAUAAUAUUGUUUUUAAUAAAUAUUGUCAUCAAAAUGUGACAGUGUAGUAGUAAAUGAAGAUUCAGAUGGUAAUUGUUUCUCUAGUAAACAAUCUGUCAACACUGCAGCUAUUUAACAAUCAGAUUUGACAACUUUCCAUUAUACUAUUUAACAGAAAGGGGGGAAAUGUAGCAGUAUGCCCUGUAAAUGCACACAAGCAUCAUUAUAUGAUUUUUUUUAUUAAGAAACACAAUGAAUUGUCCUAGCAUUUGCCCUUGUGCAUAUACAGGUAUUACAAACUGCCAUAUUAAAUUAGUAUUCAGCAGUUCCAAAUUAUUGUCUGACUGAAGGAAGAAAAAAAAUAAAUACCACCAUGACCUGUAAUAUCAUCAAAACGUCUCUUCAUCAUCUGCAAAACUACUACAUAUCCCUUUGAUUAUUGGAAGAUAAUCUCCAGUAAAUAUGUAUGCAUGAUCAUGGGGUUUACUUGCACAGUCCAGUCUGGCUCCCUUUAAUUUAAUAUGCUCUUGACUACGUAGGUCUACUUGCUUUGUGAAGUGACUUGAUGCUGUUGCAGACAAUAGAUGUCAAGCUUGUGUUACAGGAAUGCAGCUGUAGAUAGAUGCCUUGAGAAUAGUAUACGGCACUAUACCAGAUGCCAUGCUCAACUCCAAUCUCAAACGUGUAUGUAAAACAAACCUUAUGGACUGACUAUUUGAACAAAUAAAAAGACAAACUGUAUCUCA